AUGGUGAUCUCAGUUUGUCUAAGAUCACACUGUGUUCAACAUUUGAUACAUGGGAAAAUAGGUCUCUGCCCCCAGUGCCAUGACACUCUUGUCGUCAGUCUCAGCUUGAUCCCACCAUAUGCAUUAGUUGGUCUCAUUACGUUCGGCACAAUGACACAAGUUCACGAGUUGGGCUAUGCAGAGUGCAGCAAAUCAUACGUCUUCCGUGGCGGCAAGGAGUACACACAGAAACAGAUUCAGGACAUGCUUGGACUCAGUACAACAACUCGCGCCGCACCCCAUGCUGGCCAACCCAUGCCCCAACAAGCUUUUGGAGCUGCGCGUUUCUUGCUUCCUGUCCAGCAAUGCGAAUUUCAACUCACUGGGGUUCUGGAGGCACUCGCUCGUGAUCCUUGGCCAGUUGCCAAUGACAAGCGUGCUUUACGUUGCACUGGUGUGACAGUCAGUGUAGCUGUUGGACUCUUGGAGACGACUUCCCUUAAUACGAGCGCGCGUAUAAUGGUUUUCGCGGGUGGACCGGCAAUGGAGGGUCCAGGCAUGGUUGUCAGCAACGAACUGAAGGAGCCUAUUCGCUCUCAUCAUGACAUUGAACGGGACAGCGUCAAGCACUACAAACGUGCAGUGAAGUUCUAUGAAGGUCUAGCGAAGAGGGUAUCCAACAAUGGCCACACUGUCGAUUUGUUUACUGGUUGCUUGGAUCAAGUGGGCUUACUAGAGAUGAAAUCAUUGCCCAACUCGACAAACAGUGUCAUUGUCCUAUCUGAUUCGUUUGCUACAUCGAUCUUCAAGCAAAGCUUCCUGCAUAUGUUCAAUAAGGACGAUCAGGACUUCUUGCAAAUUGGUUUUAACACAACAUUCGACACAACCAAAGAACUGAAAGUUUCUGGCCUCAUCGGACAUGCAAUCUCUGCCGGAAAGAAAUCUGCGUGCGUUGGCGAGACAGAAAUUGAUAUUGGUCAGACAUCAGCCUAUGCCAUAUAUCUUGCCCAAUGUCGUGACAGGCCUAUAAAUGCCGAUAGUUAA